GAGACCGAGCCCCGGCGGUGACGCUGUCCGGGCUCCAUGAAGCUGCGCGGCAGGCCCGGCCUGGCGGUUGCCAUGGGCAGCGCGGUAGUAGCGCUGCUGGUUUUCUAUUGCGCGCUCUCGGGAUCCCAGGUAUUAAGAGCAAUUGCUUUUUACUCCCCUUGGAGGAUAGAACAACAGCUUUACAAGCUGGAUGUAGGCUGGCCUAAACGUCCAGAAUAUUUCACUGGGCAAACAUUUUGUGUUGCUGUUGACCCUCUUCAUGAUCUAGUCUAUGUUGCACAAAGAGGGGCUAAUGUACCAAAGGUACUAGUGUUUUCAGAUGAAGGAAAUUUCCUGCAUGCCUGGAAUUCCACAGUUGAAAUGCCUCAUGGUAUCUUUGCAGUCAGCACCCCUACAGAUACCUCAAUAUGGAUCACAGAUGUUGGAAGUGGGGAGUAUGGGCACACAGUUAAACAAUACAGUCCUUCUGGUAAACUUAUUCAGAUCCUGGGUACUCAAGGUAAAGCUGGCUCAGGUUUAAAUCCGCUGCAGUUCGAUCAGCCAGCAGAAAUAUUUGUGGAACAAACAGGGGAGAUCUACAUUGUGGAUGGAGAUGGAGGGAUGAACAACAGAUUAUUCAAACUGUCCACAGAUUUCCAGGAGAUAUGGCUGCGUGGGGAAAAUGGUACAGGUGUUGGUCAGUUCAAGAUUCCUCACAGUGUCACAGUGGAUUCUGUUGGACGGGUGUGGGUUGCUGACCGAGGAAACAAACGAAUCCAGGUUUUUGAUAAAGUCACAGGGGAAUGGCUGGGGUCCUGGAGUAGUUGUUUCGUAGAAGAUGGUCCCUCUUCUGUCAGAUUAACUACCAAUGAGGAAUAUCUAAUUGUAGCUCAGCUGAAUAUUAACAGAGUGUCUGUCUUGGCAGCACCACCGAUAGGAUCCAUUGGAGAUUGCCAUGUGGUAAACACAAUCCAGCUAGCUGAUGAGGUUAAACCACACCUUGUGGAUGUAAAUGUGAAGACUGGAGCAAUUUAUGUUGCAGAAAUUGGUGCACAACAAGUACAAAAAUAUGUACCCUUAAACUAAUGGUUUUCUUUGGUUCAUUCAGCACAAGCCAUUUCUUCUGGAUUGCAAGAUCUGUGCUGGAUUUCCUUACAUUCAUUGCAGACUGUGCUUCCACUCAUAAGCACAGCAUGUUGCAGCACUAGAAUGCAUAAAAUAACUGUUUUGUGACCUGCCCUCACUCUUAUUUUCUUUGUCAAACUCAGGGAGCUAUUUUCUCUUGAUCUGUCAUUAUUUGUCUUUACUGGCAUCUUUUGUGUGUUUUGUUUCAUUUUUGUUAGUUGUUGGGAUUUGGAGAAUGCAUUUGAUAUGCAUAUUAGUUCCGUUUUACCCUGCUUUUAACUUCAAGGUAGUUUUUCCCCUUGUUUCUUGAUAUAUCAUAAGACAUUAGGUUUGUAAUUAUUCUGCUAGUCUAGACAUAAUUUCCAUUGUUAAUCAAUAUACACUUUACCUCCAGUGUCCGGGGUGAAUCUUGUGACUUCUUUGCCUAGCCAGUGCACUCUGCUACCUCCUAACGUCCUAGCUGGCAGAGAGAAAUGUCUACAUAUUUAAUUUUCCAGAAGCCUUGUCCACUUGAGGCUCUGGACUCUAGCUUAACAUUGCUUCAGGUUUCCUUGACCCUUUAUGCUAACAUUGUCCAACUCAGAAC